CCACGCGUUUGGGUUUAAUUGCAGCUCGGCCCGAGCGUGGGCAAGAAUAUCACUGGCACGCACACAUCGCUGAACGUUCCUACAUAUCAGUUGUGAUCCAGGCGGGUCGCAUGUUACUCUCGACUGCGAAGGUGCUGCAGACAUCCUUGCGGAAACUUUCUGGGGGCCGUGCCGCCCGCAGUGUUGGCAUGGGUGUUGUUGUGUUCGGUGCUGCUUUCUCCGCUUUAUCCUUCGCGUCCAUCAUCUUCCGCGGAUCACUUGGUUAUGCCACCAUCGACGUCGACAUGUUCCUGCUAUCGUUUGGAAGUUUUUGUUAUUUGCUACAUUCCUGCACUACGAACAGCCAGGGAAACAACAACAAAGUGAAUACGGCGAUGUUUACAAAAUCGUUUAUCGGCAAAGUUGUCUUCCCUGGUAUGCGCAGAGUUUGCCGCGCAGAUUCCGUCGAGAAACGCGGGCCGCUUAAGACACAGGGUAAUAGUCAUGGCAACUCCAAGGUUUUAGGCGAGCAGCUUGGACAUGGAAGACGACGACCCAGGUUCGACGUGUACAUGCGCGAGUGCGUGCAAAGAGAGGGCGUGCCACACACACUCGCUAAAGUGUCAGAAGUGAUGCGUGUUUCCAUUCGUCUUGGAAGCAGAAUUACAGCAGUUAAGUUGUUUGAUCAAAUGUUGAAGAAGGGGGCCGUUCCUGAUGCACACCUCAUUGACAAGGCUGUGUCAAACAAUUUCUUCCAGCUCGUCGUUGACACUCUCGAUGACAAGCGCAUUCAAACGGACGGAUUGGCGCUUCUUGAUUUGAUUUGGGCUCACGGAAUCGAGCCGUCACCCUCUACCCAGAAUUGUUUGUUGUCAGCGUGGAAGGAUCAGCCUCCAGAGAGAGUCGUGGAAUAUUUCGUGAAGAUGAAGAGCGCAGGGAUCACCCUCAGUAAUUGGGCAUGCCGUUCCGUCGUUGUGGCCUACGGGCGUUCUGAUCCGGCAUUCGUUUUGAAGGUGAGCAAUGAGAUGGAGCGAUCAGGUAUUCAGCUCCAGCGGAAGGCGUACAUUGCAGUGUUGGGCGCUUGUCUUCAGCUCGGAAUGCGCAACAAGGCCGAAGAGUUGUUCAUGAAGAUGGCUGAUCACGAGGUUGCUCCCAUUGCAAAAAUUUAUGGCAUUAUGGUCAAGGUCUACUCGUUCAGUUGCCAAUUCGGGAAAGCCAUUGCCGUUUUCGAUGCGAUGCGGGAGCAGUCCUUCGAGCCCGACCGAUGUUCCUACCAUCAUGCAAUCCGCUCUUGCGUUGCGUCAGGGCGUGUUGAAUAUGCCGUGGAAUUAUACAGGGACGCGGUUCAGGCGAAGGUGUGUUUGUUCACGAGCACGUGCGGCAUUCUGAGGCGGGCGUGCUCAGACGGUGGUUGGAAGUGUUUGGCAAGCAAGUUCAAAGAAUUGCCAAGCCAGCAAAUUACGCUAAUGAAUGAGGCAGAGGUCGCAUAGAAGGCUCAAGCGCAGCAUAAAAAACAACGGCAGAUUGUCAAACGAGCGGCCCAGGUGCGACGCAACAAGGUGUUCGCUGGAUUCUGGCACUGCGGCGCUUGGUUGUCGCCAGACCGCGGUGUCGAGUUUUGGGGUAAGAUUCGCGUAAUCCCCCGUGCCAUUUUAGUUGUUUGUUUGGUGUUGUCUUGCUCCUCACCAUUGUUUACAAGAUCACGGCGCCCGGGCCCCCCGGGCCCGUGCGCUCUUUCUUUCUCCAGUGUGUGUUGCGCUUCUUGGUCAUGCAGCGCCUGUGGGCUUCUCCCUCUUCAAUUCCUUUCCCUCUCCUCAUUUCCUCUGCAUUUCCCUCUUCAUGUCUCUCAUUUUCUCUUCAUUUCCUCUUCAUCUGCCCUCUCCCUCCUCAUUUCCCUCUUCAUGCCUGCCUUCAUUUCCUUUCCCUCUUAAUUUUUUGUGGGGCGUGCCUGGCCCAGGCUUCUGCGGCGACGGCCGCGGCAGGCGUUUGCAGGCCCCUCUUCUGCAGCCGCUGGAGGCGGCGCCAGGGCGUGAGGUCCGCUGGAGCGUGUCUGGCGGUUCUUCUUAUUAUUUCCGUGUCGCCAGUGGCGCUGGCGACCAUCUCGUGAUCCUAUGUGACGCAUAGGCAGGGCUCGCUGUUCCUUAGGUCAGUGCAUGCCUGUUACUCUAGCGCGCACCGUCCACUCGGGUGCUCUGAGGGCCGUUCAUAGAACUUGGGCGUAGGCGCUCCAGGCGUUUGCUCUGCACUGGUAAUCCUUGCGAGCCAUUCGCUUAUCUUGCG